AUGACAUCUCUAGCUGACUGUACAGAGGUGGAGCGGCAGCUUCAGAUCAGCAAAGACCUCUUUUCGUACGGGGAAAAGGCCCUGGCCCUGGCCCUGCAGAAUCGACCAAAGAAUACCAAUAAGCAGUAUCUCCCCAAGCAGAGAGAAUGGCGGGACUUCUGCAAGGAGACUGGCUUUGAAGAUGGGGAGAUGGUGACAGAGAGAAAGCUGGUCUGGUUUCUGGAGGAGAAGGUGCUUUGUCGUCCACUGCAGGGCUCUGUUUAUAAGAGCAAGAGAGCUCGUACGGACAGGGAUGGCAACACUGUGCUGCAGACUGUGGGUAAGAGCACAGUCAAGCUAUAUGUGGCAGCCGUGGUGGAUCUGUACAGAUUUCAGAAGAGCAGAGGAAUCAACUCCUCUGAUCAUCCACAUGAACAGCUGAGGGAGACAUCCCGUACGGCACAGCUGCCUGACCUUUUCAUCCUUCAGCUUUCAAAUGAGGGGCCCACUCCAUGCUGGCCUAUGAUUCUCAUCACAGAUAAUGGCAAGACCAACCAGCUGGGGCAGCUGAAGUAUGCUGCUGUGAUGAGACAUAAGAAUCCUCUACUCUGUACAAUAUCUCAUCUGACAUUCUAUCUGUUCUACCGCUGGAAUAUUAGUUCGUACGAGCAAUGGCAGGGUUUGAACCACAGACUCAGGGCAACUACUUUCUUCCUCGAGCCACCAUCCCCCCCCCCGAAGCAGCUGGAGGCUGCCAUCUGGCCAUGGGUGGAUGUCUGGCUAGAUAGAUUUGAUUCGUACGAGAGAUUGAGCCAGAAACAGAGACAGACACAGAAGAGGGAAAGAGAAGCAGCAGAAAUGGAAGAAGUGAAGAAGACAGAGCAAGAAUUGUCAGAGAAUGAACAAGACUUAGCAGCUCAGAGAUUUCUGCGGCUGCUGAAGCAGCUUCAUACAGUGAUUCUUCAGAACUCUGUGUUUCUGCAGAGGCAGUUCCCUGACCACCCUCUAUGGUCAGAUGCUCUCUUCGUACGAGAGGAUUAUCAGAAGUAUACUCUUCAGAUUGUUCAGACUCUUGAGACAGCUGUGGAGCCUCAGAAGAUUCAGAUUCAGCGAGUAGUAUCUGUCAUUGCUGAUCAGCUGAAAAAUGUGCGACAGGAGAUGAUUCAGUCCAUUGAUAAGUGGGGUUAUGAGAAUCAACAACUGCAGCAAAAAAUGGCUCAGCAGCUUGCUGAUCUAGUUGAUGGUCAAAUCAUUUUCUUCAUACAGGCAGUUCCUCAGAGCUCUGCUGCUCAGAAUUCAGUGAUGAAUCUGGCUGCCAUUCUCUCUACUUUCUCUCUGCCCUCCUCUUCUUCUACUCUUUCCAGAGACAUCGUACAGAGGUCAGUGGAGUCAGAGAUGGAGAUGAGACAAUCAUCAUCUAACAAUGCUGAAUCUGUGGAUCUGACAGCCACACUUCUCACCUCUUCCCGGACAGGAAAUGGUUAUUCUCUUUCCCGUACAAUACAGUCAGUGCCUGAUCUGUGGCGGGAGUGGACCACUGGUCUGGGGGGUGGUCCAUCAGUGCAGAGCCUGGAGGAUCAGGGAGGCAGCUGGCGCAAGGGCUUCUCCAAGGAGCAGAUGAUGUUCUGCCGGUGA